CAGUUACGCACAGACGUCACCUGACGUUUGCAGCCGUACCCAGGAAGUACUGAGGUUUGUUGUUGAAAACUAGAAUCGGAUCUUCUUCUUGUUAGCGGUGCGGAAUGGCGACAUUUGUUUCAGUCCCAUUAAAGAAGUCCACCGAGGUGGACUUGGUGAAACCUCUGACCAAAUUCAUCAGCGCUACCUACUCAGCCGCGGAGGACCAGGGAGAGUACGUCCGAGCCGCGGAAGAACUGAACAAGCUGCGGAAAAGUGCGGUGGGGAGGCCGCUUGACAAGCACGAAAGCUCUUUGGAGGUUCUGUUGAGGUACUAUGAUCAGCUGUGUGCCAUUGAACCCAAGUUUCCAUUCUCUGAAAAUCAGUUGUGUUUAACAUUUACCUGGAAGGAUGCAUUUGAUAAAGGAUCACUUUUUGGAGGCUCAGUCAAGCUUGCCCUGGCUAGUCUGGGAUAUGAAAAGAGCUGUGUUUUAUUCAAUAUUGGUGCCCUGGCCAGCCAGAUCGCCUAUGAACAAAACUUCGAUAACGACGAAGGACUGAAGACAGCUGCUAAAUAUUAUCAGCUGGCCAGCGGGGCUUUCUCCUACAUUAAAGACACUGUGUUGUCUGCUUUGAACCGAGAGCCCACCAUGGACAUCUCUCCAGAUGCGGUCGGGGCCCUCAGUCAGAUCAUGCUGGCUCAGGCACAGGAGGUGUUUUUCCUGAAAGCCACAUCAGACAAAAUGAAGGAUGCCAUUAUAGCUAGACUUGCUAAUCAAGCUGCAGAUUUUUAUGGUGAUGCCUUCAAACAGUGUCAGUACAAGGAGAAUUUACCAAAGUAUUUUUAUUUCCAGGAAGUACUGCCUGUCCUUGCUGCAAAGCACUGCAUCAUGCAGGCCAACGCAGAGUACCACCAGUCCCUCCUGGCCAAGCAGCAGAAGAAAUUUGGGGAGGAGAUUGGAAGGUUACAGCACGCAACAGAGCUGGUAAAAACAGUGGCAUCUCGCUAUGAUGAGUAUAUCAACGUGAAAGAUCUCUCCGAUAAAAUUUCCCGUGCCCUAACUGCUGCAAAGAAAGACAAUGACUUCAUCUAUCAUGACCGGGUUCCAGAUCUCAAAGACCUGGAGGCUAUUGGCAAAGCUGCCUUGGUAAAGUCCACAGUAAUCAAAGUGCCCAUUAGCCAGAAGUUCACUGACCUGUUUGAGAAGAUGGUCCCUCUGGCAGUGCAGCAUUCCAUGAGUGCUUACAACUCAAGAAAGGCUGAAAUAGUAAACAGGCUAAUCGGGCAAAUGAGAGAAGCAACAAACCUGUCUAAUGGAGUCCUAGCCUCUUUGAACUUGCCUGCUGCUGUUGAGGAUCUCUCUGGAGACAGCAUCCCCCAGUCCAUCUUGGAGAAGUCCAGAGCUAUUAUCCAGCAGGGAGGCCUGCAGAGCAUCGACCAGCUGAUAAAAGACCUUCCUGAACUUCUGCAGAGAAACCGAGAGAUCCUAGAUGAGUCUGUGAGAAUACUGGAUGAGGAAGAAGCCACAGAUAAUGAACUCAGGAACAAAUUCGGUCAACGUUGGCAAAGAACCGCCUCGAACGACCUUUACAAGCCCCUAAGAACAGAGGGAGGGAAUUUAUGCAAGUUUUUGGACCAAGCUGUCCAGGCGGAUAAAGUUGUCAAAGAACGCUACAGCACUCACAGGGACAUGAUUGCCCUGCUCUGCAAACCCGAAGCAGAGCUUAAUGCUGCAAUUCCUUCAGCCAAUCCUGCAAAAACCCUGCAAGGCAGUGAGGUUGUGUCCGUGCUCAGAGCACUGUUGGCCAAUGUUAAUGAAGUAAAGAUGGAGAGAGAGAAGCUGGAGAAUGACAUCAAAUCAGCCCAGUGUGACAUGACCAGCAAAUUCCUGACAGCACUUGCGCAAGACGGCGCCAUUAAUGAGGAGGCAAUCUCUGUGACAGAGCUUGACAACAUCUAUGGAGGGUACACCCAGAAAGUGCAGCAGAGCUUGAAGAUCCAAGAAGAGAUUCUGGGAAAGAUCCAGAACUCUCAUCAGGAGUUCUCUACAAUGAAACAAUCGAAUGCAGAUGCCAACCAGAGAGAGGAGAUGCUCAAGAAACUUGCGGCUGCUCACGAUAGCUAUGUGGAACUCUCCAAUAAUCUGAGAGAAGGCACCAAGGUUUGUACAAUACAUUAUUAACUUGAGGUUUUUGUA